AUGUUGAUACCAGCGCAAAGCAACAUACCCACAGCUCAUAUCACAACAACAGAUCUCACCAUCCCAGCUCUAUUCUUGACCAAGCACCAACAAGCCUACCUCCACACCUACAUGAACGCUCUUCAAUCCCUUACCUCCACCUCUAUUACCAUCGCGUCUGACGAUUCCAUUCUCACCUCUGCCACCACCACCACAUCUACCUCUACCAACAUCUCUACCCUAAACACUUACAAGACGGUCGCACCAAUCGACCUGUUCCACUACCCCGAAAGCGACUUCAAGGACUCGAACCGCCACCGCGCCUACCUAGGUCAAAAAUCUCGUGAACGUGCGACAAAGAACUUUAUUUGGCGCAAGAUCCAGCAGGGCGCUGCUAGUCAGAAGGAUAAGGAGCGGAUUGAACGGAAAUUGAACCAGCGGAGGAAUAAGAACUCUGGUUCUUCUGAGGAUAACACCAGCGACGAGGACGAGCACGAUAACGACGGGGCAUAUUUCAAGGAUGAUGUCAGCGACAGCAACACCAAAAAGUCUGCCAAGAAGGCACUGGGUCUGGACACUAUCUCUACCGUUCCCGCUUCCCCAAAACGCCGCUCCAACAAGCGCGCUGACCGUCGCCGCCGCCCUGAAGACGACGACGACAACAAUACCAACAACGCCACGCCAUCUCUCUCUUCUUCCGCAUCAUCCAGCGACGAGGGCGACGACGACCAGGACGAAGCUGACGACGAGACCUUCCUCGGCGAAGAGGAACGUAUCCGAUUCAAACACAACCUCACCUUCAAGACCGACGACCAGUCGAGCAUGUCAUCCCCGCGUGUGGAUCUCCGCUCCUGGAAGCGCGCGUUUGUCCAGCGAUUGGAUGAGCAGGAUCAGGCCCGUUCUUCCGGUACCGAGUCCAAUGGCCGUAGCAAGCAGAGCAAGCAGAAGCAGAAGAAGAACAAGGGCUCUCGCGAGUACUACUGA